CCCUCCCUCAACACCAAACUCAUAACCAACAUAUAUGGUCCAACUACUCAAUCCUCUCCUUUACCUCCAAACAAUAUUUUCUUCCAAUAUGACGCUUUCUACCUACAGCAAAGAUCUAUCCUCCUCCCUCUCCAAAGCCGGCCUAGGAAUCGGCACAACCCCACUCCUUCCCGCGGACUUUACACCGAGCACCGAGUUGGUGAUUAAGUAUGGUGAGAAAACCGUAGAAUUCGGGGACUUUUUGAGGACGGGUGAGACGUUGGAAAUUCCUUCGGUGACUUUUGCUGCUGAGGUAUGUAUUCGAAUUAGAAAAGUCCUAGUCGUGUUGAAUUGCUGAUUGCUGAACUAAACGAGGAAAGGCUUCAAAAACGGGGUCUACAUACACCCUCAUAAUGGUAGAUCCCGACGCACCUACGCCCGAAGACCCCAAAUACGCGUAUUGGAGACAUUGGGUAGCCACCGGUCUCCAAGCAUCUUCAUCCUCGUCUGAAAAUAUAAAGUUCUCUCAUACCCCUGUAACGAAGUACUUUGGUCCUGGGCCAAAAGAUGAGACGUAAUUCUGCCCUACCUAUCCCCAUCUCCUUAUCAAAUCACCUCAGAUAUUAACAAACGUAAAGAGCCACGCCUCAUAGAUAUUUGUUCUUACUUUACCGGGAGCCGACUGGCUUUGAAGUAGGGAAGGAAGAGGUUGGGGGUGAGGAGUUCGUGGAUAGGAGGGCGUUUAAGGCGGAUGAGUUUGCGGGGAAAUUUGGGUUGGAGUUGGUUAGUGUUAAUUGGUUCUCGGGUGUUGGGAAUGGGUGGAAGGCUUAGUGUGAUGUGUUUUGGAUUUAUCGGGGUCAGGUGUGUUAGAAUUGAGUUGGUGGAAUGUGAACUGAUAAAAG